CUCCUUUUUUUUAUCCCCUUAGCCAGAAACGCCAUUAAAGGAUCCCAAGCUGAUUGGAGGCAUUAGGUUGUCAGUUUGAAUCCCAGUGGUCGAGAAAGCAACGUGAGCGAUCCCUAGCUAGUGGUGGGGGAAAAGGGAACUCAGGGGAGCUAUGAGAGCUGUUAAUUUCAGUCUGGACGUUUCCUCAAGGCUAGUUGAUCUGGAAAGCCGCAGCCCUCCCGAGUAGCUGCUGCACGAUCUGCUUUGGGGGCUGACAAGUUUCCUCUCUGGUUCUUUCUCCUGACCCCUGAGAGCCGGCAGGAAGGGGAGCUCCUGGGCCGAUAUUCGCCUGUUUCGUAGGCCUGGAUCUUGCUUGGAGACCGUCCAGGAAAACCCACGAGUGUGGAAAUCGUCUCGGUUAUCACCACUGCCUCUGCACGGAGGUUUGCGCCACUUUGCUUCCAACGUCACGCGUCAGAAUUGAGAAAGGCAAAAUCUCUCCAGAUGUCUUCUAGUAAUGUCGAAGUUUCUAUCCCAAUGUCACAAAGUAACACCAAUGGCAUACCGGGAACAACCUCCAAUGACCUGAAGGCAUUCAGUGAAGGAGCGGUGUUAAGUUUUCAUAACAUCUGCUAUCGAGUAAAAGUGAAGAGUGGCUUUCUAUGUGGUCGAAAAACGGUUGAAAAAGAAAUACUAUCAAAUAUCAAUGGGAUUAUGAAACCUGGCCUCAAUGCCAUCCUGGGACCCACAGGUGGAGGCAAAUCUUCGUUAUUAGAUGUCUUAGCUGCAAGGAAAGAUCCACAUGGAUUAUCUGGAGAUGUUUUGAUAAAUGGAGCACCUCGACCUGCCAAUUUCAAAUGUAAUUCAGGUUAUGUGGUACAAGAUGAUGUCGUGAUGGGCACUCUGACGGUGCGAGAAAACUUACAGUUCUCGGCAGCUCUUCGACUUCCGACAACUAUGCCGAAUCAUGAAAAAAAUGAACGGAUUAACAAGGUCAUUCAAGAAUUGGGUCUGAGUAAAGUGGCAGACUCCAAGGUUGGAACUCAGUUUAUCCGUGGUGUGUCCGGAGGAGAAAGAAAAAGGACUAGUAUAGGAAUGGAGCUGAUUACUGAUCCUUCCAUCUUGUUCCUGGAUGAGCCCACGACUGGCUUAGACUCAAGCACAGCGAAUGCUGUCCUUUUACUCCUGAAAAGGAUGUCUAAGCAGGGACGAACAAUCAUCUUCUCCAUCCAUCAGCCUCGAUAUUCCAUCUUCAAGUUGUUUGAUAGCCUCACCUUGUUGGCCUCAGGAAGACUCAUGUUCCAUGGGCCUGCUCAGGAGGCCCUGGGGUACUUUGCAUCAGCUGGUUACCAGUGUGAGCCCUACAAUAACCCCGCAGACUUCUUCCUGGAUGUCAUUAAUGGAGAUUCGACUGCGGUGACAUUAAACAGAGAGGAAAACAACGAUGAAGCCACAGAGACCGUAGAGCCGUCCAAGAGAGAAACACCAGUCAUAGAAAAAUUAGCUGAGUUUUAUAUCAACUCCUCCUUCUGUAAAGAAACAAAGGCAGAAUUAGAUCAAUUCUCAGGGACUCGGAAAAGGAAGAAGGACACAGUCUUCAAGGACAUCACUUAUGCCACCUCCUUCUUUCAUCAACUCAGAUGGAUUUCCAGGCGUUCAUUCAAAAACUUACUGGGUAAUCCCCAGGCCUCUAUAGCUCAGAUAAUUGUCACAAUCGUACUGGGACUGGUUAUAGGUGCCAUCUACUUUGGGCUAACAAAUGAUACUGCGGGAAUCCAGAAUAGAGCCGGGGUUCUCUUCUUCCUGACGACCAACCAGUGUUUCAGCAGCGUGUCGGCCGUGGAGCUCUUCGUGGUGGAGAAGAAGCUCUUUAUACACGAAUAUAUCAGUGGCUACUACAGAGUGUCAUCUUAUUUCUUCGGAAAACUGUUAUCUGAUUUACUGCCCAUGAGGAUGUUACCAAGUAUUAUAUUUACCUGUAUAACGUACUUCAUGUUAGGAUUGAAGCCACAGGCGGGUGCUUUCUUUAUCAUGAUAUUCACCCUUAUGAUGGUGGCUUAUUCGGCCAGUUCCAUGGCGCUGGCCAUCGCAGCAGGUCAGAGUGUGGUUUCCAUAGCAACGCUUCUCAUGACCAUCUGUUUCGUGUUUAUGAUGAUUUUUUCAGGUCUGCUGGUAAAUCUCACAACCAUUGCUUCUUGGCUGUCUUGGCUUCAGUACUUCAGCAUUCCUCGCUACGGCUUUACGGCUUUGCAGCAUAAUGAAUUUUUGGGACAAAACUUCUGCCCAGGACUCAAUACAACAGCAAACGAUAGCUGUAGCUACGCGACGUGCACGGGAGAAGAGUAUUUGGCAAGUCAGGGCAUCGAUCUCUCACCCUGGGGCUUGUGGAGGAAUCACGUGGCCUUGGCUUGUAUGAUUGUUAUCUUCCUCACAAUUGCCUACCUAAAAUUGUUAUUUCUUAAAAAAUACUCUUAAAUUCCCCUUUCAUGUACUAGGAUUUAUCCUCACAUAAAAAAGGAGCACCUUGAUUUAUCUUACAUAGUCAAUCAGGUUUUUUCUUGUCUUCCGUUCAGUUGCCAUUGUACUGGUGUUCAGCAAUAAUUAUUUUCAACAGAAACAUUCACAGAAAUCACAAUGGACUGAAUUAUACAUGAAAAAAGCCCAAGUCAAAAACGAAUGACACUACGUAUCGCACAUUCAUCUCGCCAGAUAGUAACCAUGGGGAAGGAAUCUAGUCUAAUUUAUUGACUUAAAAAAGAGGAGAAUUGAUGUCUAGAUACUCCUGGCAAGUUACUAAUAUCUCUGGUAUCAGUUUUCCUUGUCUUUAAAAUGAAUAUAGGUAGGUUAACAGCCCUCCGGUUUUAAUAUUCUGUGACUCCAUGGCCUGCUAUUAUUUAAUAAAUAACAAAUGUAUUAAUGCUG